UCAUUAACAGAAAGAUGUCCGACACUAGGAUUUAUCAUUCUUGAAAUUAUAAUUAACACAGUAAUGAUAGUAGAAGUUGGAACACGAUUCUUGGCAUUAGGAAAGUUAUUCUGGAAUUCUAUAUACAACAUAUUCGAUAUAAUCCUCGUAGCCUUAUGUAUUAUUACCUUAUUAUUUAUCAUUGGAGGUGGAUGUUCUCACAAGGGAGAAGAAAUAAUUGAUUCAAUUUUAUUGAUUGCAAGAAAUUUGAUACAAUUUGGAAGAAUAUUUGUAAUGUUAAGAAAAAAUAAGAAGAAUAGAAAGACUCGUAAUGCGACGGUAGAUUUUUCUAAUGUUAGAGACCCAAGUGUCUCGAUGGAUGUCGAUUCAAUGGAUCAUGGACCAUUUUUGUUAGAUGAUGAAGACGAUAUCUUUUAA